AUGGAGAUCACGACCAUACUGAACAGAAAAGCUUCAGCUGCCAUAGCUGCAGACUCACAAUUGCAACAACAACUCGCCCAGGCCGUCCACCUGACUCAAACGUCCUCUGAAAUGAGUUCCGAACAGCCCACCUCUCAAGCAGGGGACCACCCCGUCAUGUCUUACCCUUCCAAUCCUCCCCCUCUUCAUCCGAUGACCACCAUGCCUCCUCAUGGAGUGACCCAUCCCAACAAUGGGGUUCCGGUGAUGCCGAACGCGUAUAUGCCCGGUGGAUUCCCGAACAACCCACAACAAAUGCCAGCCGCACCCCAGGUGCCUCAGGGUCGGCCGGAACCAGCUCCUCGAAUUUUUCACUGUUCGACAUGUAACAAAGGGUUCGCUCGACGCAGUGAUUUGGCCCGUCAUGAGCGCAUCCAUACCGGUGUCCGACCCCAUGCGUGCGAUUGGCCGGGCUGUGGGAAACAGUUCAUCCAACGGUCCGCCUUGACUGUGCAUAUUCGUGUUCACACCGGAGAGAAGCCUCAUAUGUGUGAGAGAUGUGGCAAGCCCUUCAGUGACUCUUCCUCUCUAGCCAGACACCGCCGAAUUCAUUCGGGAAAACGACCGUACAAAUGCCCAUAUGCGAACUGCCAAAAGACCUUUACGCGUCGCACGACACUCACACGUCAUCAGAAUCAUCACACUGGGACUAUUGAGGAGGCUGCAGCUCAGACGGAGGCCAACCUGAGGCAGAACAAGGAGCGGUCGGCGCGACCUUCAGAGGGUGUCUACUCUGAAACUGCGUCUACCCAGUCCACGCCUUCACCUGCGCAGCAGGUUCCGAUGUCGCUCGGUAGCGAACUUCCGCCGUUGAAUGUGCUCCGUCCCAAUGGCGAAUACUACGUGCCAAACGGAUCCAUACCGCCUCAUGUACGGGGAGACUUCCAACAAGCUAGUCCUCGAGCUUCUCCAACAGCAACGUCCCCAUCCCUCUCCAGCUAUGGCAGCGCGCCCCAUGCCCGGCCAUCGAUGACCUCGCAUCCCAGCGGAUAUGGACCGCCGCAGCCACUUGAGCCCCCAGCGAAUAAUGAUCAUCGACCGAACAGCGUCAAUGGCAGCCCUCAUAUGACAAAUAUGGGAUGGGCGUCGCCUUCGCACGGUAGCAUCCCAUCGCCGGGAUCUGCUCAUGACUACAGCUACCCAGAGCCAAACGGACCGGCCUACUCGGGCGCCAUGCCUCCUCACAUGUACUUUCCAAACUCGACCAUUCGCAGGCCCGGCAGCACAGAGCCGGAGAACUACGAAAUGAAGCCAAGAGUUGGUGAUAACUCGUGGACCACUACGGUUUGA